AUGUGGCGUGUUGUCAAGUCGCUCGACCUCGAGCUUCAAACGGAGACGUCCCGAGUGACACAAGCCGAAGCCGCGUCCACGAGUCACAACGUCGCUCCUCCUACUUCCAGACGUGAAGCAUCCCGAGCAGCUCAUCGACCCGAGAUGACCAAUGUCGGCGUGGUCGUGGUCUCCCACAACGUGUUUGCGAAGCUGCCCUCGUACAAUCCCUUUGUGGGCACGUUCCAUCACGCACCAAGCGCUGGAAACCGCGGUGCUAUCUACUUUUCCAGUGACAUUGUCGACAUGGCCGAGCUCGAAGAGCGCAAGAAGUUCCGCCAUCAUCCGCUCACGGGUAUCUUUCAUUCACUUCCAGGGUACUAUGAUCCGUUGCACAAAUUGGCUUCUUGUCGUCGGGUCAUGACUGCUGAAGGCAUUUACUCCGACACGGAGUCGCUGCGUUCGUUUGUGGCCAUGGAUAUUACGGACAGUGACGACUUUGCGUCGCUGCAGCAACCUUCGCACAUGAAUCGCAUGUACAGUGACUCGCGAUGCAUUCCUGGCGCUGACUUGAUGACGCGUCCGCGUCGCUUUAGCGACGGAGAUGCCGAUCCGUUCUUUAAUGGGAACAAGACAAACUCACCAAACAGCAAGCACGAUAAUGGGGCUGAAUACAGCAACGGGUUUGAUGGCAGUGACGUGGGAGAGGGGGAGUGUGGAGCUCUGGAGCAGAAGGAAACGCAUCGUUCGCUACCGCUGAAUGUUUUGUCCAUUACGGACAAGUAUGAUGUACCACCACCGGUUGGUGGCUUACCCCCUCGUCGACUGCCAUACAAGAAACCCAUGGACUCGGCUGGCUUGGCUUCCACCAAAACGGAAAGCGGGGGAGUGUCAUCGAUCCGAUCACUCUUUGCUCCGAGCUAUGGCCGCACGGAGCUCAGCAAGUCGGCGGGCUACGCAGAGAUGACGGACGGUUUUAUAUCGACGGGUAAAGGCAUUUUCAGGAAAGUUGGCUUACGCUCAUCACAAUCGGAGCGAAUGAAUGUUAAGGUCAAGGGCAAAAAGGGUAGUGAACCUGCCGAGUUGAAAUUGCAGCGCAUUGUCAGCGAGGACAACGAUGGUGACGAUGUAAAUGACGAGUACACCCAGGCUGCCCCUCGCAUUCCUGCAAAUCCAUUUGUAGCCAGGCGCUUGAACGAUGGUGACGAGCUUCGUAUCAUGGCGAUCCACCGCACAGGAAUACGCGACUCGACGGCUCAAGUUCUGAACAAUGAUGACCACGGCAGCGACAGUGAGGAUGAGUACAACCAACCGAAACCCUAUUUUAUCCACGAGAAAGCUGUCACGGAACAGUAUGAAUUGGUUGGUGAAGACCAGUUGGGUGAUGGUUCCUACGCUGUUGUAAAACCUGCUAUUCGUCGCGUCAAUGGAAAGGAAGUUGCGAUCAAACAGAUUCACAAGCGCUUCCUGCGCGACGAGGCGGCGAAGAACGCUGUGAGUCGAGAGAUCGAGAUUCAUCUGCGCUUGCGCCAUAAGCACAUUGUUCGGUUGUACGAGGUUUACGAGACGCCUGAUUUUCUUUACCUGGUCAUGGCGAAAGCAACGAAGGGUAAUCUGAAGUCUUUGAUGGAGCGAAAGCGGAUGCUUCCUGAGGCACUCGCUGGCAAGCUUUCACAGCAAAUUGCCCGUGCUGUUGUAUUCUUGCACGAUAUGGGCGUGCUGCAUUGUGAUCUGAAGCCAGACAACAUUUUAUUGAGUGACACCAAGACCGCAAAUCAAGAUAAUGGCGAAAACCCUCCCGUCAUGCGACGCCCAAGCCCUUCAAGGUCAAUUAAGGACCCUCACGCUGACGUCAAGGUUAACGACUACAAUGUCGAGCUGUGUGAUUUCGGACUGUCGGUGAAGGUUCCCGACGUUCGCUUUUUUAAGCUCACGGGCGAUGUCCACAAGGUUCCGUUCACCAAAGUGACGGGUACUUCAGGCUACAUCGCUCCUGAGUUGCUACAGCAGCAGCCGUACGGCAAGCCAGUGGACAUGUGGUCGGUAGGAAUUAUAAUUUUCGAGAUGUUGACCGGAUACCAGCCAUUUUACCCACCGCAUAUGUGUAUCGAAGAAGAUGCUGAUUUCUCGGAUCGUGUGUGGAAGACUAUAAGCGCUGAUGCCAAGGACUUGGUUCAGCGUCUGUUGGAGCGUGACCCGGCAAAGCGGCUUACUGCUGCGGAGGCACUCGCUCACACUUGGUUUGAGUCAGCCAUGUUUGCAAUUUAG